AUGACGCCCCCGUCGCUUUCGGUCGCAACAGCCCGACAGCAGCCCGACCCGAGCAGCGGCGGCACCGGUACCAGCAGCAGUAAGCAGCAGCUGAGCUGCGCAAAUUGCCGCCAUCGCAAGAUCAAAUGCGAUAAGCUCCAGCCCCGGUGCAAGCAGUGUGAGCGCUCCGACCUGGACUGUGUUUUCCCCUCGCGGAAGCGGAACCGCAAGCCUCGACAGGGAAGACAGAGCGAGCUGCUCAACCGCAUUACUCGUCUAGAGAGCAUCGUCAGCAAAGUCGACUCUGGCAACUUCGAUGGGGCCGGCAAGACUCCCUCCGGCGCCGCCGCCGCGUCCACCCCGCUUUCUGGGGGGCCGGCGGCCAGCGCGGCGGCUCGGUGGUUGAGAUGA